AUGAACAAUGUUUCUUUAAAGUAAUCCAAGUUGAAAUUGAAAAGUCCUAAAAAAAACUCAGGGUCUAAAACUCGGAAUUCAUCCGCAUCAAACUUUCACUAAUAAGACUAAAAUGACCGCCCUGAGUCACGAUAGCAUAAAAGACCUACAAAGAACCAUUAAUACUCAAAUGAGAGAGUAAAAAAAUAAUAAAAUGAGGGUGCUGAAAACUCUUUUAAUAACAGUGGCGAGUACAUGAGAAGCUUCAAUAAUAACUUAUAAAAUCAAAAUAAUUUCAUUUCUAGAGGAUAAAUACCGGUAAAUAACAGAAAUUAGGUUCAUGGAGAUGGUAUGGGAGGAGGACUUUCGAAUUAAUUCAGUUCAAACAUCCCCUAUGUCUCAGAUAAAGAGCAGCAAGAGCAGCAGUUGGUAUUCCAAAAUAAUGAGCAAAGAAUCUAAUAGCAGAUUCCUCAAAAUCAGAAUUACCCUUAAAUUACUUCUAAAGAUUUAAACAAAAAAAAUAAGCAAGCAGUAAAUCCCAUAAACUAUGAGAGGUAAUAAAGUUAAAAAGUGCAAGAUGAUUAGAGUUCAUCACAAGCCUCUAAUAUAAAUAACGAGCAUUCUGAGAUCCAGAAUUCACAAGCCUAGCCGUUUAGAAUAUCUCAAAAUUAAUUAAUAAGAGAGUAACUGUAAAAUGCCAAUUUGCUAAAAUUAGCCGGUAAACAUAAGAAUACCAGAAACUAUUAUUGGUGGAAGAUGGAUGAGAGAGUCUGCGACUGGUUGCAAAAGAAUGUUGAGAAAUCUAAAAAGGGAUCCUUUGUUCCAGUCUCAAUAAAAAAGCUUAAACCCCGAAAAGAUUUGAGGACUUAGAUACAUUUAGAUUUUUUUGUUGUCUCUGCCCUUUAAAAUUUCAACAAUGGAUUUAAACAGAUUAAAUUGAAUCCAUAAGGACUCGAUUAAUUUGUAGUAUAGAGAUAUGUUCCAUCUCGAGAUGAAUAUCCAAUUUUGUAUCGAGGCCUGUGGAAAAAGAACAAGGGUACAAAGUAUUAUAGAUAAGAGUCCUUUUACCCUCUAUGUGGAUAACGCUCUCUAAUCAGAAAUAUUCAGGCUACAAAUUAAUCACCAAACACUCAAUAAUAGUCUUCCUCUAACGAAUAAAGAGAUAUAAAUACCUUGUAGACAAAGCUUCUAACUUUUGAUGACUUAUCAGAGAUAUAUAGUGAAAUCACAAAGCUGUCCUUUGAAGAAAUGCAACAGUUUUUAUUGUAAAAUGAAAUAUUUUCACCAAGAAACCCCAAUAAUAAGAUGAUGAGUUUAAAAUAGGCCAAAAUUGAUUUUCAAUCUAAGAAGAAUCUUCAGCACUUGAUGCUUUAAAACAAAAUAGAUAAAUCUGCAAGAUCCUAUCAAAAUCAGUUCCUUGUCAUCGAUAAAAGGUAGAACAGCUAUGUUUAAACAAAGAUCAGAUCUCGAGAUGUUGAAGCCUAAUCUACUAUUGCAUAGGUAUAACAGUAAUUAUAAGAAUUAGUAAGAAUAAUAAAUAACUUAGUUUUGAAUCCUGAAGGUCUUGAGCUUAUCAAGAUCACAGCUGAUUUUGUCGAGGAUUACCAGGACAAGAAAGUUUACUUCAUGCAAAUUAAGUCAUAUAUUAUCGAGGAAUAGAUAAUUGAUCCACCUCCAGCAAUACCUACUAACAUUGAGCAAUUAGAUGCUUUGCCAAGGUAUCAUAAGAAAAAUAUGACUACCAAUGAUUUACCAUUUUCAGAUAAAAAGGCUUUUUAAUGUAAUGGAGAUUACUGCUUUAUUUAGGAUUAGCAGAUGGUUCCAAGACAUCUUGCUCCCAUUAUAGCUAAACUCAUAAAUCAUGACCAUCUCAAAGUCUCGAAAAAGACUAUUGUCCUUGAAAGAGAAAUUAUGAAGGAUAACUAUAGAGCAUAUAAUUAAUCAGAGUAGAUGUUCUAAACGUUGAAUUAGCAAGAAACUUUGCUUAGAAAGAGCCUUAUCAAUGACUAAGAUAUGGAGGUUUGUCCUUCAUGCUUCUAAGUUUAUCAAUUUCUUUAGAAUACUUAUUAUGACCCUAAUCAGAAUAGUUAAAGAUCAGGAUCUCACAUCAUGAGCACAAUAUAAUCUGUAAUGAGUCAAUAAUAAAAUGACAUUGUACCUUCUCGAUUUCAUUCCAGUGGUUAAUAAAGAUCCAAACACAGUAGUUUUCAAUAAAGAGAUAAUAAGCCAUAGAUGUAUUACUCACCCUAGUAAAACUACUAGCAUUAAAAUUACUAACAACCAUUUAUGAACUAUCAAUUAUAUGGUUAAGAUGAAAUUAAGGAAGAUUACUAUGAAGAAAAUCUAGAUUCUAAGAUAUAAACACAAAGAGACGAUGAAAAUGAAGAAGAGGAAAACUUAAAUAUACGAUCAUAAAGAAUUCAUCAUAUUGUCAACAAGUCAGAUGAUUAGGGGGAAGAGUUUGAUAGAGAAGAAGAGGAGGAAGAAGAAGAGGACUAAGAUCCAUAUGGUUAAGAAAUUUACAGGCAAGACAACAACAAUUCUAAAUUUGAGCAAAGAGGCAUUUAGAGAGGCUAAACAGAAAAGAGUAAUAUUAACAUUGGAAUGGAUGAUACUAACUCACCUGAUGAGUUUAAUAAAAGAGAUACUCAUUUUCGCAUCCCAUCGGAUGUGUUAAUGACAAACUAAAAAAAUACAUUUGUUUCUAAAAUAUCUCCAGAUUAUCAUAAGCGAACCCAGAGUAAUACUAGUGGAUUAAUAAGUCAAGGCAACAAUUUUCUAUUCCAUAAUAAUAGUCAAAUAUCAGGUGUAGAAAUAGCUCUUAGAAGUUAGAUUCAAAAGCCUGAAUCUGAAAAAAAGAAUUUUAAGAUGCCCUAUUCGUAUUAGAGUAAUUUGCCAGAAGGUGAUGUGAUAGGAACAGAAUUUAAUCCUGUUUAAAAGUUUAAGAUAGUGGCCAAGCCAAGGCUUAGUGAACUAAGUAAGAUGAGGACUUCUCACUUUGGAUAAAUAAAGUCAUCAAGAAAUUCUCUUGAAUCGAGCAGUAUGUAAGUUGAUUAAUCAGUAAAACAGCAGACCUUUACUUUAACAUAAAUUGUUCAAAAAAUAAAAAAUAAAAGGUCCAUUCGAAGUUCUUUAAGAAUGAGCAAAAAUAGUAUCUAGCAAUAAGUUUAGCUUCCAAGGCCAAUGACUGAAAUGAAAAAUCCUAAUGAAUCCCUGCUCUCUAAAAUGCAGUCUUAACCAUUGAUUAUGGCUAACUAGGCUACUUUCAAGGAUUCAUAGAUGUAGAGUACUCCGGUUUAUAACAAAUACACAGAGGAGAGUGAGCUGUCAAACACUAUUUCUAAAUAGGUCAGAAAUAUAAACAUCUAAACCUCAAUGAUGACAGAGUAAGCUUUCUAACCAUAGCCAAAAUAGCAAUAUUCGAAAUUUUAAAAUGUUGACUGCCAAGUUGGUGAGUCUUUGAAUCUCUCAUAAAAACCACCUCUAGCUAUAAAUAGCCGUUAAAACUAAUACAUUUAAAAAUAAACCAUUGAUUCCUAGAAAAAUAGCAACAUCCCAAGUCCCUCAUUUUUAGAUGCAAAAAAAAAGCUAAAGAGUUUAACUCAAUAAAAUAGCAAUAGUGUUAAUAGCAGUCACAAUAUCUCAACCGUAUCGAAAGGAGUACGGUUUAAUGAAAAUAUAAAUGCUACUAUAGGGACUAAUUCUAUAAUAGAGAAGCAAGGUUCAGUAAUUACAAAUAUUGAUGCAAGAUUGCCUGUCCUCAAUAACGAUAAUGAACUUUAAUCAGAAGAUCAUAAUGAAUUAGGAUAUGAAAAAAAGCUAACUACCACAUCUAAGCCUAGUAUAGGUAUAAAAGUACCAUUAAGCUUUAGUAAUCAUCAAACUCUUCUCCAUAUAGAUGAAGCAUAGAGUUAGUUGAGUAAUAGAACUAACAAAUCAAUAUUGAGUAAGGCGAGUAAAAAUAGUAAAAACUAUACGAGACUAAAGUCUCAGACUAUCUUACCUCAACCAAUUGACAUUACGACUGUAUCAAUGAAACCCCUUCCUAAUUUAGACUAUCCUGAAUAAAAUAACUAGUAAGAAGAGCUUAAAGUUAAUGAUGAAAGAGCUGAAAUGCGAAAAGCACUUGGCGAAAUUCAAACCCCAGCUACUUUUAGGAAGAAAGUAGCUAGCGAGAUGGUUACUCAGAGGAGGAGAAGCAGUAAUCUUCCAAUGAUAGAACUAGAGAAUAAAGAUUUGAAUUUGUAUGAUAAAAAUAUAAAUGCAGGAGGUCCAAGCAGAAACGCUGCUGAUUAGCAUCAUAAAGUUCAAACAAAUCCUGUCGAAAAUAUGAGAACAAUGCUAUAGAUGUUUAAUAAUAAUGAGCUUGAUAAAAAGACCACAUUAAGUGAUCUUGACUAAAAUACUCAAAAUUCAAAAAUGCAUAAUACUUAUGAGGUGAUUAGGCCUAAAUCUCCUCCUAGAUUAAUGCUGGAGAAUUCACCUCUUUUAGCUUCAAUUCCAAAGAUUUUGUAGUCAACAGGGACUAAAAAAGAUAGUUUUUUUGGAGGCCGAAACACUUCUAGCAUUGACAAUGAGUAUUUAAUGGACUAUAUAGUCUCAAAUGAAGAAGGGGAAAUGAGCAGUUUACUCAAUUCAAAUCCACAAUUAAGAAGUAUCAUUUUAAACAGGAAGAGCAUGCUAAGUCUCAUUGAAUAGCAAAAUAGUAUGGCGAGAAAUAUAGCUGCUGCAAAUUCUAAUUUGAACAGCAAUAAUACUAACUCUAAUACAAACAAUCAUAAUACUCAUAGCAACAACCUUAAAAAUCAAUACAACUAGAACGUAAAUUAGACGUAAAUAGUAAAACCAUUUAAUAACAACAAUGUAAAUUCUAAUGUCAGUUUAGAGGUAGAUAAAAAUUCUUAAUGA